AAUCAUCAUUAUCACUAUUUAUAUUGUUGUAAUGACUAAAAAUUAUUUCAAUCAAAUUAUCGAUUGGAUUCAAACCACCGAAAAUAUAACCGUUGAAUCCGUCAUCAGAAUCAAACCAUUAAUAUAUCAUCUGAUUAGAAAUCUGGAUCGAUUCUAUCGACUAUCAUCAUAUUGGUUAUUGACAAAACAAAUUGUCACCAUAAUAUCGAUAAUAUUCUCUUUCGUAUAUUUUACCUUGCCAGUAAUCGAUGACAGUAUGAAUAUGAUGAAAAAUAUUCUCAUUUUUGAUUUAAUACGAAAUUUUAUAUUGGAAUUUAUCUAUUUUCACAUUACUGGUCAUUUGACGGAAAUUUAUGAAAAAUUUUUCAAUAUUCUAAUACAAUUUUGUGUGCUGAAACCAAAAUCAAUUUUAAUCGACAACAAUGAACAACAAUCGAUUGAUUUAUCAUCAACAAUUUAUGCAACAAUUUUGGAACAACCACCAUCAUCAUCACCAUUUGUUAAUGAAUCCAAAAUUGAUCACGAUUAUUGUUUGGAUCCAAUUCGUAUUGAAUUAUUUCAAUUGAAAUAUUAUAAAGAAAAAACAAUACCAAAAAUAUUUUCAUUCAUACAAUUACAACGUUCAAUACAUUUCAAAUGUUUAGUUUUUUGCAUAAAUUUUGCCGUAAUUCUUUUACAAACUGAACAAACUAAUUAUCAAUGAAUUUGGUCAAAUCAAAUUGAUUCAUUGAUUCAUUCAUUCAUUCAUUCGAUAUUGCAUUACACAAAGUCAUCGAACCAACACUUUCAACAAAAAAAAACUAAUGCAUAGUAUUAAUGACCGAUACUCGUACACGCACACUUGGUGACGACAUCAACAAAAAAAAAAGAAG